AUGGAUUCUUUGAUCAGGGAGCUCAGCAGUACCGGGGUGGGGUGCUCUAUUGAUGGUAAAUGCAUCAAUAGCAUAAGUUACGCUGAUGACAUGGUGCUGCUGAGCCCAUCUGUCAGUGCCCUUAGGCGUCUAUUAAGAAUAUGCGAGCGCUAUGCGGAGGCGCAUGGGCUCAGGUACAAUACUGACAAGAGCGAGAUAAUCGUGUUCAAGGCGGGAACCAAGAGUUACUCAAUGCCGAGCGUGACUCUGAACAACGAGCCGCUCAGAAGAGUCGAGAGAGUAAAGUACCUGGGCCACUGGAUCACCGAGUCGCUUGCUGAUGACCUGGACAUGUCGAGGGAACGAAGGGCACUAUCAGUCAGGGCAAAUAUGUUGGCUCGUAGGUUUGCUAAAUGCACGGCAGAGGCGAAGGUUACUUUGUUUCGCGCCUACUGUCAGGCAUUCUAUACGUGCAGCCUAUGGGUCAAACAUACGCUAACGGCUUAUAGUGCCCUGCGGGUCCAAUAUAAUAAUGGGUUUCGGACACUGAUGGGGCUGCCGCGAUUCUGUAGCGCGUCAGGGAUGUUCGCGGACGCCGGAGUGGACAGCUUUGCUGCAAUAAUGCGAAAAAGAUCCGCAUCCCUGAUGAGAAGAGUACGCGGCAGCUCCAACAGUUACCUGCAACUCAUUGCGAGUCGAAUGGACACUGAGUGUCCAUUCAUGAAGAAAUGGACACAAAUGCAUGCACGUAAUUUGUAA